GUGCUCCAAGCUGAGCGAUACAGUUGAUGGAGGAGACCAUGAUGGAGACUGCAGAGAUGAAGACAGCACUUUGUCUUGGCUGAAGGAGAUGGGAGUCCAGGACAAAAUCAAGAAGCCAGACCUCCACACCCUACAGCUUCAUAAGGAGGGCCACGUCAUGUCUGUGGACCAUAAGCCUGAGUCUGUGAUAUGUGUGAAAGGACUUCACACUUUCACUCUCAUCAACUUCUUCAUCAAUUGGAAGGGUGUGGUUGCUUCAUCCGGCUCCCAGGCAGGGUUACCGCCCACACUGUUGGCUCCCAGUGCUUUUAGAGGAGCUACAAUGCACACUCUGAAGAGCCGUUGUGUGAACGUGAGAAGUCAAGUUGGUUCUUCCUUCCAGAACAUCAGCAGUCUGGAGAUCACAGGACCUGUCCUCCCCUCGUCUCUCCAUGCUAUCCUAACGUUACUUCGGCCUGCGCAGAAAGGAAACUUCUCAGCUGCGCUUUACACACAUACUCCUACCGCGGUUAUGAACGUACACAGCACCAAGCAGCAGGUUGGCGAGGCCUCGGUAGAACUGUCCUCUUGUGGUCUCCAUCCUGCUUCCAUCCAGCAGCUGCAGCAGCCUUCCACCCUGGGAAAGACAGCCCUGACACACAUCACCAUGAACAACUACAGCUACACAUGGAAGAACUAAGAACGUGCUGAGAGUUUACACAACACAAAGAAGUUUGCAUUAAUUUGAGUUAACAGCUGCAAUCCUGAAACUCAGAUUCCACUGUGAAGCUGUGUGCAUACUGGAAGAGAUUCACAGCUACACGCUGACCAGAAAGUGAAGGGUGUUCCACGACUACAGCGGGCAAAAUAACCACUGGUGAUGUGAAGUAGACGGGAUUCAGAAUAAAAGUUUAUUAAUUUUCAGGCGUCAGGUGAAAGCCUGAAGUGCUACCUGUGGGAAUGAAGAAUGUUGUUGAUUCACAGGGUAGUGGUAUCUGGGCAACUGAGGCCUGGAACGUCAGCAAGAGACCAACCACCAGCUUCAAAGCAAUGUGUGAUGAGCGAAUCACUUCCGGCAUGUACACAGCUUAAGUGUCUGUUUAUGUUGAGGUUUCUUUUAAGCAAACUUUAUUGCACUGCACCGGAUGUGAUUAUUUAUUAAACUCUAUAUUGCUCAAUUACUUUUAAUCUUUCUUCUCAUACAAGAUUUAUCAACGAUAAAUGCUGGAAUGUUUUCAGGUACUGGAAUGCUGAUGAAAUAAAUUGUUAAAGUUA